GGCUGCGGAGCUUCCAGAGAAUGAAAACACACUCAAAUAUGCUGCGUAUGUGAUACUGUAUAGCUAACUAGCAAGUGACUUUACGUUUCCUCCUAUUCAUUAUCGAGGAGGACUUUUAUUGAGGAGGGACACCGGAAAAGUUGCUAACAACGGUCGCAGCUUGUUAGCUACACCGGAGACGGGAUGUAAAUCCAGACGGGACCAGCCGCAGGAGCCGGUAGCAGCAAGCAGCAAGCAGUCACACCCUUGUCUGAGGACACUGGAGGAGCCCUGUCUGCCGGGCAACAAGAAACUACUAUCCUUCAUAUGUUGACAUGUUUUGUAACCUUAUAGCUAUAGCCUCUGACGUCUGAAGUGGAUAUUAAGUGAACGGGUGAAACGUGGACAGGAUAUGACUGACUCAUCAUCAUGGCACGGACCGAGGAGAUAACCCUGACCAGUCUGUCUGCUGCAGAGCCAACCAGACAGCAUCACAACUAGCAACAAAGUCCUUUUAUUAGCUGUUUUAUUGUUUGAUCCCCUCCCACCCCCCCAACCACUGUCUAUUGUGCCACAAUGAAUUCCCCUGUGUAUACCUUUGUCACCCGUGAUGACAACAGCACUGUUUAUGCAGAAGUUUCCAAAAUCCUCCUCUCGACUGGACAGUGGAAGAGGCUGAAAAGAGACAAUCCCAGAUUCAACUUGAUGCUCGGUGAACGGAACAGAUUACCCUUUGGACGUCUAGGUCAUGAACCAGGACUGGUGCAACUGGUGAAUUACUACAGAGGGGCAGACAAGCUGUGCAGGAAGGCAUCUUUGGUCAAGCUCAUAAAGACCAGCCCAGAGCUGUCCGACUCCUGUAACUGGUUCCCAGAAUCUUACAUUAUCUAUCCCACUAACCUCAACACUCCUGUGGCUCCAGCUUCUAACGGCAUCAGCCAUCUGAAGAACAAUCCCAAGACUGAUGAGCGUGAAGUUUUCUUGGCCUCCUAUCACACUAAAAAAGAAAGUGAGGAGGGAACAGUGUGGAUAGCCAAGUCAUCUGCUGGAGCUAAAGGUGCUGGUAUUUUGAUAUCCCAUGAUGCUAAUCAGCUGCUGGAGUAUAUUGACAAUCAGGGACAGGUUCAUGUUAUUCAGAAGUAUUUAGAGAAACCUCUACUUCUGCAGCCAGGACAUCGGAAAUUUGACAUCAGGAGCUGGGUGCUUGUGGACCAUCAUUACAACAUCUAUUUAUACCGGGAGGGCGUGCUGCGGACUUCCUCCGAGCCCUACAACAGCUCUGACCUCCAGGACAUGACCAGCCACCUGACCAACCACUGCAUCCAGAAGGAGCACUCGCAGAACUACGGACGAUAUGAGGAGGGGAACGAGAUGUUCUUUGACGAGUUCAGGGUGUACCUGCUGAACACUCACAAUGUCACCCUGGAGACCACCAUAUUACCUCAGAUCAAGCAGAUCAUAAAGAGCUGUCUGUCAUGCAUUGAGCCGGCGAUCAGCACCAAGCACCUGUCCUACCAGAGCUUCCAGCUCUUUGGAUUUGAUUUCAUGGUCGACGAGAGCUUCAAAGUGUGGCUCAUUGAGAUCAAUGGAGCUCCAGCCUGUGCACAGAAACUAUACCCAGAGCUCUGUCAGGGCAUUGUGGAUGUGGCUAUUUCCAGCGUCUUCACCCUGAACAACGGUGGCGACUCUUCAUCAGCUUCCUCUUCUCCUUACUCCUCCUCCCCGUCCUCCACGUUCAUCACCAACUCCACCAACUGCUCCUCCCCCAAACUGAGAGGGCCCCUCCACGUGGGCCCUUUCACUCGGCUGUAAGCACACACACUCGUCUCCUCCGCACUAGAAGCUUCUUCCAUGCUCUGUCCUCACACCUAAAACUCCACCUGAGAAGUAGCACAUGCCUUUAAUUGUACCUUGCCUGUCAUACCCGGAGGAAGUCUCUCUUUUUAUGGUAAUCACCGAUCUGCGGAAACGAUCUCCGCUCUUCUGAUUAUGCAUAUUAUGAAUCUAGAGAUGGCGGCGAACUGAUAAACAAACUUUCUGGGAGGUCCAAACGAGGACAGACGCCCUUCUGUCUCAGUUCCACCACCACCAGUUUCUCCCCAAACAGAAUGAAGGUCUGAAAGAUGCAGAGACGCUCCAACUGAGACUGUAGUGCCUUACAUUUCCAACCAUGCUCCCUUAAAAAAGACUGCCAGUUAUAGCUUGCUCUAUUAGCGUGACUUGUACUUGUUCUAAAAGCCUUUGCACUGUUGCUCAAUACAUCCAUAUAUGUCUAUCGGUCAGGUCAGUCCAUAAGAAUGAACAUAAAAUAGACACGUUGAUAUUUGAGAGCUUAGUCAAUUUGUGGAGUUUUGAAUGCUAAUUUUCUCAUCAGACACUUCUUUUCUCUUAUUCUUUGAAUCUUUUUCAUUUAUUACAGCUAGCAGUUAAGAGGCUGUGAUAGAUAUGAUUAACCAUCUAAAGACUAACACACUAACCCAACGUGUCUGAUGAGAUAAACAUUCAACAUGUUAAGAUCAACAUUGCUCUUCACUGGACGGUUGGGACACUACAUAUUAUUUACAUCGGGGGGGGAAACGAGGGGGCAUUAGUGAGGAGGGGAGGCCGUCCUUCAGCUGGGAAUCCCACGUUUAAACCCGUCCCAACGAGCUCCGCCAAAGUGUCACUGACCUUUUGACCUCUCAAUCGCAGUAAGGGAAACUCUCACACGAAGUAUUAGCCUCUGUUCUCAGUUGUUUACAGCUGAACACGUCUUAAGGUUUGUUCUUCAUUAGAAAGAGAGCAUGUUUUUGUGAAAGCAUGUAGACGUUUGCAUCCUCAUACCACAUCCAACACCUUUUUUCUUUAUUUUCUUUUCCUGCUCCGUGAAAAGCUAGACUGUAAAUUGUUAAGUGUUGUCGACAUGUGUAUGGAUUUUUGAACUGUUUUUUGAAAUGCAAGUAGAGUAGAUUGUACAAAGUGUGUUACUACGGCCCCAUGAAAUGAAACUUGACCUCAUAAACAACAUUUUUGCGUGAAAGGAAAACCCGACGAUGACAAAACAUGCCGCAAUUUAUACUGUCAUUCUAUCAAAUUAUGUUUUAACCAAAGAGAAGUCAGCAGCACCCCCAGAACAUCACUGAACCAGCCGAGAAGUCGUCCAUGAAAACUAUUUAGGAAAGGGCGAGCACGUUGAACAAAAUUCUGGGCAGGUGAUUGGAUGAGCCAUCUGUC